CGCUGAUUUGCCCUGGGUGGGAGAGAUGAUGUGCGAGGUGAUGCCGACCAUUAGUGAAGCGGAAGGCCCCCCAGGAGGAGGUGGAAGCCGUGGGUCAGGCUCCCCUUCACAGCCAGAUGCUGAUUCACAUUUUGAGCAGCUCAUGGUCUCCAUGCUGGAAGAACGAGACCGCCUUCUGGACACUCUGAGAGAGACACAAGAAACACUGGCGUUAACCCAGGGGAAAUUGCAUGAGGUUGGUCAUGAAAGAGAUUCCUUGCAGAGGCAGCUCAACACUGCGCUUCCACAGGAGUUUGCUGCACUCACGAAGGAACUUAACGUGUGCAGGGAGCAGCUUCUGGAGAGGGAGGAGGAAAUCGCUGAGCUGAAGGCAGAGAGGAACAACACCAGGCUGCUGUUGGAGCACCUAGAGUGCCUUGUCUCCAGGCACGAGCGCUCUCUGCGGAUGACAGUGGUGAAGAGGCAGGCACAGUCACCUGCAGGCGUGUCCAGCGAGGUGGAGGUGCUGAAAGCACUGAAGUCACUAUUUGAGCACCACAAAGCCUUGGAUGAGAAGGUACGAGAACGACUACGGGUAGCUCUGGAGAGGUGCAGCUUGUUAGAGGAGGAGUUGGGUGCCACCCACAAAGAGCUAAUGAUUCUUAAAGAACAGAAUAAUCAGAAGAAAACACUAACGGAUGGAAUGCUUGACGGAAACCAUGAACAGGAAAACACACCAAGCACCAAUGGCAAGAGGUCUUCUGACAGUUCCUUGAGCCACGAGGAUCUUGCCAAAGUGCUGGAGUUGCAGGAAGUCAUAGACAGGCAGGCGAGAGAGCAGAGCCAGAUGAAGGAGCGCCUGGCCUCCCUGUCCAGUCAUGCAGCAGAGCUGGAGGAGGAUUUGGACACAGCUAGAAAAGACCUCAUCAAGUCUGAAGAGAUGAAUACAAAACUGCAGCGAGAUGUCCGUGAAGCGAUGGCCCAGAAGGAAGAUAUGGAGGAGAGAAUCACCACCCUUGAGAAACGCUACCUCGCAGCACAGCGUGAGGCCACGUCUGUGCAUGACCUCAAUGACAAACUUGAAAAUGAAAUUGCAAAUAAAGAUUCCAUGCACCGACAGACAGAGGACAAGAACCGCCAGUUGCAAGAGCGUUUGGAGUUGGCAGAGCAGAAGCUGCAGCAGACCCUUCGCAAAGCUGAGACACUGCCAGAGGUAGAGGCUGAGCUGGCCCAGAGGGUGGCUGCACUCUCCAAGGCUGAAGAGAGACAUGGCAACAUUGAAGAGAGGCUUCGGCAGAUGGAGGCACAGCUGGAGGAGAAGAAUCAGGAGCUGCAACGGGCAAGGCAGAGAGAAAAGAUGAAUGAGGAACAUAAUAAGCGCCUGUCUGACACUGUGGACAAGCUGCUCUCGGAGUCCAAUGAGAGGCUGCAGCUGCAUCUGAAGGAGAGGAUGGCGGCGCUGGAGGACAAGAAUUCUCUACUACGAGAAGUUGAAAAUGCAAAGAAGCAACUGGAAGAGACGCAGCAUGAUAAGGACCAGCUUGUCCUGAAUAUUGAAGCCCUGAGGACUGAGCUGGACCAGAUGAGACUGAGAGGCCCUUCACUUCAUCACGGCCGACCCCAUUUGGGCAGCGUCCCGGACUUCAGGUUCCCUGUGGCAGACGGGCAUGUGGAUGCUUACAGCACCAGUGCAGUGUUGCGGCGCCCCCAGAAGGGCCGGCUGGCAGCGCUGCGGGACGAGCCCUCCAAGGUGCAGACCCUCAACGAACAGGAUUGGGAACGGGCCCAACAAGCCAGCGUCUUGGCAAAUGUGGCACAGGCAUUUGAGAGUGAUGUGGAUGUGUCUGAUGGCGAAGAUGACAGAGAUACUCUGCUUAGCUCAGUUGAUCUGCUGUCACCCAGUGGGCAAGCUGAUGCGCAGACACUGGCCAUGAUGCUUCAGGAACAGCUGGAUGCCAUCAAUAAAGAGAUCAGGCUGAUACAAGAAGAGAAGGAGAAUACAGAGCAGCGGGCAGAGGAGAUUGAGAGCAGAGUGGGCAGUGGAAGCUUGGAUAAUCUUGGUCGUUUUAGAUCAAUGAGCUCCAUCCCCGCCUACCCUGCUUCCUCGAUUGCUGGCUCUUCUCCUCCAGGCAGUGGUCGGUCCACACCGAGAAGGGUCCCUCACAGUCCAGCCCGGGAGGUGGACAGGCUGGGUGUCAUGACUCUGUUGCCAGCUUCCAGAGAAGAGGUACGAGACGACAAGACGACAAUAAAAUGUGAAACCUCUCCCCCCUCCUCCCCGAGGCCCCUGCGCUUAGACAGGCUGCACAAGGGCGCACUGCACACAGUCAGCCAUGAGGACAUCAGGGACCUGAGGAACUCCACAGGCUCCCAGGAUGGUCCAGUGAGUAAUCCUAGCAGCAGUAAUAGUAGCCAGGACUCCCUCCACAAAGCCCCAAAGAAGAAGGGCAUCAAGUCCUCCAUUGGCCGCUUGUUUGGCAAGAAGGAAAAGGGCCGGCCUGGGCCACUGGGCAAGGAGUCACCAGGACAAGUUGGUGUUUCAGAGACAGAAAAUUCAUCUCAAGAUGCCUUGGGACUCAGCAAACUAGGAGGACAAGCUGAAAAAAACCGUAAACUUCAGAAAAAGCAUGAGCUGUUGGAGGAGGCCCGCAGGCAAGGUUUGCCAUUUGCACAGUGGGACGGGCCCACCGUGGUGGUGUGGCUGGAGCUCUGGGUCGGGAUGCCUGCCUGGUAUGUGGCUGCUUGCCGAGCAAACGUCAAGAGUGGUGCCAUCAUGUCGGCCCUGUCAGAUACCGAGAUCCAGCGGGAGAUUGGCAUCAGCAACCCCCUGCACAGGCUGAAGCUGCGGCUGGCCAUCCAGGAGAUCAUGUCACUGACCAGCCCUUCUGCCCCACCCACAUCCAGGACGACCACAGGAAAUGUCUGGUUGACACAUGAAGAGAUGGAAACGCUCACAGUCACACCACAAACGACGCUAGCAUAUGGGGACAUGAACCACGAGUGGAUUGGCAACGAGUGGCUGCCCAGCCUUGGCCUGCCGCAGUACCGAAGCUACUUCAUGGAGUGCCUUGUAGAUGCCCGGAUGCUGGACCACCUUACCAAGAAAGACCUACGAGGGCAACUGAAGAUGGUCGACAGCUUUCACAGAAACAGUUUCCAGUGUGGAAUUAUGUGCCUGAGAAGGUUGAAUUAUGACCGAAAAGAACUGGAAAGAAAAAGAGAAGAAAGUCAGAAUGAGACAAGAGAUGUGCUUGUUUGGAGCAAUGACCGGGUGAUUCGCUGGAUCCUGUCGAUUGGCCUUAAAGAAUAUGCCAACAAUCUAAUAGAGAGCGGUGUUCACGGAGCACUUCUAGCCUUGGACGAGACUUUCGAUUUCAGUGCCCUGGCACUGUUGUUACAGAUUCCAACACAGAAUACACAGGCUCGAGCUGUCUUGGAAAGAGAGUUCAACAACCUUUUGGUCACAGGGACUGAUCGGAGGUUUGAUGAGGAUGAUGAUAAAAGCUUCAGGAGAGCACCUUCAUGGAGAAAGAAGUUCAGACCAAAGGACAUCCGAGGCCUGGCCUCUGGCUCUGCAGAGACAUUGCCUGCCAACUUCCGGGUCACCUCCUCUAUGUCAUCUCCCUCUAUGCAGCCAAAGAAGGUUCAAAUGGAUGGUAGUGUGUCCGGAGCACAGAGGCUGGACUCUGCCACAGUCAGGACUUACUCCUGCUAGAGCCUCCUGCUGUUUACCCACACUACUUCUACAGAUGACGACGCCACGGCAGAGACGGUGCAGAGCUCGGUGGAGCCCCAUCUGGCAACACUCGCUAUAUGGACCCAAGAUAUUUUAUUACAGAGUUUUUAAACUUGUGGGGGAAAAAAUCACAAAUACCAUAGAGAAAAUAUUUUAGAAUUGACUGUUUCUUAUAUUUAUGUAAACUUACACUUCCUCAUUUAUAUAGUUACUUACUCUUUCAUGUAUAUCCAAGCUAUAAAUAUCCUUUUGAGUCAAUUCAUGUUCUUAUACCUAAUUUUAGUCUUUUAAAUGAAUGUACUGUAAUGCUUGUGUGUAAAUCUGAGCAAAUAUAGGGCUUUUGUAAAUUAUGCAUUUACUGUAAUUAUUCCUGUUUAAUUUUUUAAUGAUGAACCCGACAGAAGAAAGGAUUUUGCUACGUUUAUAAAGUCAUCAUGAUACAAGCCAUGUGCGUUCUCUUCUACCCAGCUCUGCAACAAUCACUCUGAAACAAGCAGACUUUAUUUCCAGACGUCUUUCUGUCGUGUUUUAAUGACUGACCUUAACUGUACUUUUUCUACAUGAAAUCUCAGCUUCCAUUAGGCUUGGGACAGAUGGUCAGGAUUCUGUGAACAGCCUUUACCCCUGGCCACAUCCCUGGCCCUGCUCUGGACAUGGGUCGAUUAUCUUCAGAGGCUGAGCAGGGCCUUGAGCUGGGAGCAGCACUCUACAGGAGCAGGGUGGCUGGUCACCAUCAGACUGAGCAGCUGAUAGAGCCUUGCAGCUGCCUCCCUCCACACUCUUCAAGGACCAAUCAUGGGGCAGGUGCUCAUUUCCUGACUGGGGCAGAGCAGGUGAAAGCAAGACACCUCAGCUGAGCGGGCAGCCUGCAACUCCAAUAAAGGCCUUAUUUUUCUUGUAUAAACUGUCUUUUUACAUUUAUUUGUAAAUGUCUUAAGGGUGGAACUAGCUGUACACUCAUAGCUGUCUUGACAGCCUCUUGACUGACUCUGAUGAGUUAAGCCACAGGGCUCAGGCAGACAUGCGCGUAUUUAUUGUGUAGCUGAUGUGGGAGAGGCUUUUAUAUUUGCUCUCUACUUUUAAUUCAUCUGGACGAUUGGUUGUUCUGUUUUUCUGUUAAUCGUUUGUGACCCUUCCGAUUACAUAACAAAGUCUGUGCAGUCAUCUUCUGAACUGUUUUUAUCACAGUGUUAUUUAUUGCUUUUUUUCAAUAAAGUCCCCAGCAUUUUCCACUGCCA